GUUUGUCGGACAGUGAGGAGAGUGGUACCACACCGGAAGUGUUGGUCGAGCAGUUAAAAGCCACUUGACAAAGGCUAGCCGAGGUUAGCCGUCAGUCGCUCUGCAGGGAUGGAGGUUACACGCCAAAAUUUUAAAGACUGCUUAAGCACGGUGUACAGCGCCAUAGACGAGGCCGACUUUCUCGCCAUCGACGGGGAAUUUUCGGGCAUAAGCGACGGUCCAAAUGUCAGCGCGUUGACCAAUGGGCUGGAUACACCCGAAGAGCGAUAUGCGAAGCUCAAAAAGCAUUCCAUGGAUUUUCUCAUGUUCCAGUUUGGAUUGUGUACAUUCAAAUACGACCAGGCAAAGUCAAAGUAUAUUACAAAGACUUUUAACUUUUAUGUUUUUCCGAAACCAUUUAAUAGGACAUCUCCUGACGUAAAGUUCAUCUGUCAAAGUUCCAGCAUUGACUUCCUGGCAAGCCAGGGGUUUGACUUCAACAAGGUAUUCGGUCAUGGAAUCCCAUACCUAAAUCAAGAAGAGGAAGCUCACCUGAGAGAGCAGACGGAAGAAAGGAGAAACCAGCACGCUAAUGGUCUCGGGACGCCUUCCUUUAUCUCCCCGUCAUCUUCCAAAGUCCCUGCACACGUACCCGACGACCAGAAGGACUACAUCAACAAAGUGGUGGAGAAGGUUGAGGCGCUCAUCAAUGAAAAUGGAAAGACUCUGAACUUGGACCCAUGUACAGGGUUCCAGAGAAAACUGAUAUACCAAACAAUAAGCUGGAAGUUUCCGAAAGGUCUUCACGUGGAAACCUUGGAAACAGAAAAGAAGGAGCGAUAUAUUCAGAUCAGUAAAGUUGACGAGGAGGAGAGGAAGAGGAGGGAGCAACAGAAACUGGAGAAAGAGCAGGAGGAGCUCAAUAAUGCCGUGGGCUUCUCCAGAGUCAUCCACGCCAUCUCUAAAUCUGGUAAACUUGUCGUUGGCCACAACAUGCUUUUGGACGUGAUGCACACCAUCCACCAGUUCUACUGUCCGCUGCCAGAGGACCUCCAAGACUUUAAAGAGGUUACGAUGUGCGUCUUCCCAAGACUAUUGGACACGAAGCUGAUGGCCUCCACUCAGCCGUUUAAGGAGCUCAUCAAUAACACAUCUCUGGCAGAGCUCGAAAAACAAGUGAAAGAGGCUCCGUUUAAGCCACAGCAAGUUGAAGCUGCAGAGGGGUUCCCCAGUUACGACACGGCCCAGGAGCAGCUCCACGAGGCGGGAUACGACGCUUACAUCACCGGCCUGUGUUUCAUCUCCAUGGCCAACCAUCUGGGUUCUUUCCUAACGCCGCCGAAAGCUUACAUCUCUCCGCGAUCUAAACUAGUUGAACCUUUCUUCAACAAGCUCUUCCUGAUGAGGAUUAUCGAUAUACCCUACCUCAACAUCACAGGACCAGAUUUGCAACCCAAGAGAGACCACGUCCUGUAUGUGACCUUCCCUAAGGAGUGGAAGACGAGCGACCUCUACCAGCUCUUCAGUGCCUUUGGUAACAUCCAGGUGUCUUGGAUCGACGACACUUCAGCCUUUGUCUCUCUAAGUCAGACAGACCAGGUACAGAUAGCUAUGAACACCAGCCGCUACGCAGAGAGCUACAAGAUCCAGACCUAUGCAGACUACGUCCAGGGGAGGCAGCAGGAGAAGGAGAAGCUCGGCCAGCCAACCAAAACCUGGGGAGACGACGGCUGGGUGAAGCCUCACUACCCGUCCUCCACUACUUCUGGCUUCGUUUAUCCCAGGAGGAAACGCAGCAUCAGUCCCCUCCAGGGGGAGCAGCGAGGCGAAGACGGCGUCAGCGGAGACGGCUGGAACCACUACUCCUUCCCCGACGGCGCUGGCAGCAAAAAGAUGAAAUUUGAUGAUGUUGGUGGACAGGCCAGCGAAGCUGUGGAGAGCAAGACGUCAGAAGGAUGGCUAAAGAUGACAGAUUCAUCGUAUUCAGCCGAAACGAGUCCGGUCCCAGACUGCAAAAGUCCCGAGGCAGACGCAGACCCAGGCAGCCGUACCGAUGGGACGGCCAGCUGGCAUCAGACGCCAACGGUGAAAGGAAGGAAAGGUCAAAAGAGCAAGAAGAAGAAGUCUGACGCCUCCGACUCUGCAGCCUCCCUGUUCGAAGUGCCAGAAGUCUGGUAAAGCGGCGAGAGCGACGGUCCCACGCCGGCCGGCGCUCCUUCAACAGAGU